UGUGAUAGAUUGCUUUCUUGUUGUUCUACGUGCCAGAAAUACCGUAGGGUAUGUAGUUACGAAAGGCCAGGCAGGACGCCAUUAACGCGGAGGCAUCUAACACAAGUCGAGGAAGAACUCGCCAGGGCAAAUGCCUUGCUAAGAGAACUUCAGCCACAGCAAGAGUGCAAAGAAAUGAAUGAAUCUUCCACGUCACUCUCCAAAGACAAUACAGUCGACAGAGAGACCGUAACUCCAUCUACACCCCCCUCUCAGUCAAUUGAGCUUAUGGAAACCAACGAAACUGAGGCAGUCAUCUCUCAGCGAAGACUACUUCUUCAAGAAGACUUCGUCUUACUGCACUCUAGAGACGUAGAGUUACCAGAGACAAGAUACGGCACAAUUACUGCUCAUUCAGCAAGCCUCAACCAUCACAGUCCCCACACACAUUGCACAGGACGAGUAUCGCAAGCUAAUCGAAAUAUCAUGACUUCAUUGGAAAAGCCCCCGGCAUCAGGAAGCUUUGAAUGGGAUGAAAGAAGUGGCCAGCCCGGCGGACAAAGGUUUGUUGAUGGGAUGGGAAGUUUGACUAGCGACACAGAUGGCAGUGGUUAUCUUGGCGUUGCUUCGGGUGCUGCGCUCUUGCGCAUUACCGUAGGCCACAAUGGCCAUCGUUCUGGGACAUCAAGCCCAAGGAUAUCCACAAUACCGUUCGCCAUGACGUCUCUAUCUGCUUUGGACGGUUAUAUCGACGAUUACUUUGCACUCUACCAUCGCUCAUACCCCAUCAUACAUGAAGCUACAUUUCGAGCUCAGUUCAUGGAAAUUAUACCGCGGCCUAGCGGAAAUGCUUGGCAAGUCUUACUGUAUGUUGUGGCUGCUCUAGGGGCAUGGUCAACUGCUACACAGCGGGCGGAUGUUCACACUGGACUGUUUGAAGCAGCAAAAGCAAGAUUCUCAUUUGACCUAUUGGAAACUGGUAACCUGGUUCUGGUUCAGGCCUUGACACUAAUGUCGAAUUAUGCACAAAUGGGGAACAAGCCAAACUCGAGUUACAACUACUACGGGUUGGCACGACGUAACGCUAUGGGAAUUGGCCUUCAUAAGGAAACCUCUGCCUGGUCGCUGAAACCAUUGAUCAUAGAAAUGCGACGCAGAGUUUGGUGGUGUCUGUAUGCAUUUGAUGUGGGAAGUAUUAUCACAUUUUCCAGGCCAUUCGAUUUUCCACAAAGUGGAGUCGAUGUCGAGCUACCAACAAAUGUUCACGAUGCCGAUCUCACAACGGCUACAACACAAAGUCCCCCCCCAGCAGAUGCGACUACGCUAUACUCCCAUUUGAGAGCUCAGUGCUCUUUUCAUAUGGCUACUUACAAUAUCUACGAACGAAUGAUAUCAAGUUCUUUUCCAACAGCAAAGGAAAUGGUUGCGCUGGAUGAUAUAUCAAUCGAACCGUGGCUGAAUUCACUGCCCCAUUACUUUCAGCCGUCCGCUAUUCAGCCGCCCAAAUAUGCUUUCAGCCAUGCCACGCUUCAAUGGCGGUACCGCAACUUGCGCAUAUUGGCGUACCGUCCAUUUCUCCUCAGACGGGCCAUGUCCGGUUCGGAGUGGGGACAAGACCAAGACAGCUCAGAGGACCUAGGCAAUAUUGACAUUGCAUUCCAACGCUGUCUAGAUGCAUCAAGCGAGUCGAUCGAACUCAUUUCAAGAUUCUGGUUUGGCAACUCCCAGACCAUGAUGGUUUCCUGGUAUAGGUUAUACUUUUUGUUUCAAGCAGUCCUUAUUCCCAUUGUUUGUUUGCGCAAUAAUCCACAUUCAGACCUUGCUGGAGCAUGGCGUGACCAGGUUCAUGAAUCCACCAAAAUUUUAGAAUCCAUGAUGCGGCUGAAUCUUACAGCGGGUCGCUGUCUUCGAGUCGUAACAUCUCUGACCCAGCCAUAUAUCUCAAAUGAAGAUGAAAUAAACGGGCCGACGCAAGAGUCAUGGCAAGAUCAAUUGACAAGUCUAUAUCCGAUGAUGUGGCCAGAACUUGGAUCGGACUUUGCACAAUCUGAUCAUAUAAACGAAUUGUAA